AUGAAGCCAUCGAGCAGCACGGGACGCUUCGCGGAGGCUGGCUGGCCCUGCGCCGGAUCGCCCGCUGCACCCCCUGGGGCGGCAGCGGCUACGACCCCGUCCCGCCCCCUUCCCAUGGCAGGCAAGAGACACACCUUGAGACUCGAUGAACGCGAGGGCCGCCGUAGUGCGCCCGGAAGAGGACAUCCGUCAGUGAGGCUUGGACGUUGGUGGGCCCCGCUCAUGCUCGUCGCGAUGCUCGUCACGCUGAGCGCCUGCGGGAUCGACAGGUUUGACGCCAAGGGGUGGGCGGGCCUCGCCGUUGAUGACGACGCCCUCUACGUGACCUCCGGCGAGGGCCGCGUGUUCGCCCUGAACGUCUCCGGAGACGCCGAGGGCUCCGCUGGCCGCCCCGUCCAGCUAUACAGCCCCUUCCCCUCCACCACGAUGACCCUUGGGCGCGGUCUAUCAGCACGCCCGUCCUCGGCGCCUACACAGGCGCCUCCGGUCCGGGGCCGAGAGCCUCUUCCUGGCCACCUACCAGGACCCGGAGGAGGAUGA